AUGAGUGUGACUCCAGCUGCGUUACGAGCGCAUCUGCUUGAAUCCCUUUCGACGCUUUCCAAUCCUCAUAAUCUGGGUCUGACGGUACUUAUCUCCGAGCCUAAACGUACAUCAUCAAUUUUCCCAUAUACGCCUAUUCCACCAAAAUGCUUUCAACAGGAGGUUCUGGUCGUGUUAUCAUCUGAUCUUCCUCAAGAUGCCUCCCAGCAGGGCUCGGAGUCAAGUGCUUCAGCUUCUUCAUCUUCAAGCCCAAGUAAACCGAUGAAGAAAGUACUUGUCUCAGCAAUAUCAGCUUACUUGUACACCUUCCCCUCUACUCCCACUCCCACUUCCUCUUCAGCUUCAGCUUCAUCUUCCUUUUCGUCACAAUCAUCACAAUCACCGUCAACAGCGAUAUUGUAUAUAUCAAAAAUCGAUUCAUCAGGAUAUACACCCACGCCACUCCCUUUGACUCGAGUGUUGAUAAUAUCAUUCUUGUCAUAUUUCAUCCAUCAAAUACCGAAUAUACGAGUACAGUUAUUUGCAAGAGCACAAAAGCAAUAUCUAUUUGCUAAUUCUUCGAAUAGUGGAAAGAAGAAAGUCUUAGGUGGAAGCGGUUUAUGUAAAUGGUGGAAAAGUGUUUAUGAGCAGACUGCUUCAACCUACUUGAACAAGAGAAGUGAAGACAAGGAUGUCAAUGAGAAGCCGAAAGUUGACAAUGACACAAAAGAGCAAAUCAAUCUCAAGUUGAAUUACCUAUUGCCUGGAUAUGAGGAAUUCGAAGCUGUGAAUCUUUUAGGUGGUCAGAAAGAUAACAGCUUUUUGUCACAAAACUCAGAAUGGGAAUAUAAACCGCCAUUCAUCACAUCUAUCGUCCCAUCUGCUGCUACUGGAAUUACGGGUACUUCUUCCUCAUCUUCGACAAGCAGCCUCCCGGAAUCACUGGCGACACUCAUUCCAUCACUGCCGGAUGAUCCUAAAACCCGAUUCUUAGAAGAACUAGUUACGGAUUCACUUCAAUCCCAAAAUCCACUGCUGAAUCACGGGUCGAAGAAAUCGUCUGAAGCUAAUGGUCCCAAAGGGGGAGAUGGAGUAAUGAAACAAUCAAAGAAAGAGAGGGAAACACAAGAAGAACUGUCAGAGAGAAAAGCUGCCCAUUUAGCGCUGAGUAAGAUUCAUCCUAAAGAAUUUUGGGAAAGGAUAGGUUUUAGACAGGAGUGUGGUCAGGAAGUCACUGGUUUCUUCACUUUAAAAGUUUCUCGUUCACCACCAAAUAGCAAGAAGGAUCUAGUGCAAGGAAGUGAUCAAGUUCAGGCACAAGAGAAAGUAGGGGGAUCAGUGACAUCUGAAGUCUUCAAAGAUUCGAUAAACACAGAACAAAUCUCAUCACUUGAUCCUGAAAGUCAAGUUUCAUCCUCAAAUGGGAGUAAUGAAUUAGCAACUCUACCCACUCCCUCUACCUCUCUUUCUGUGGUAAUUUCCAGCUUGGACGAUCCCAUGAACCCCGCCACAGCGAGCAAGACCAAACUACUGAGACAAGAAAUACUAGAUCGAUUAUUAACAGCUUUGACAAACGUCGAUUUCGCAACUCUUGCUUUAGCUAUAGAAGGUACUGAAAUAUGGUUAAAACAAGCUGAAUCUAUAGUCAAAGGUGAAAUCGGCCAAUCAGGCUGGGAAACUUGUCUGGGUACUAUUCACCGAGAAGAGGGAUUACAUGUUGCGCCUACUACGAGUGGAGCGAGGAAAGAAAGGGAAGCAGAGAAGGUGACUAUGCUUAUGCCAAGAAAGAAGAAGAAGGUUUAA